AUGGAGGGUGCCCCGCCCUCCCCCAUCCCUCAUGGACCUCCCAGUGUCGUAGGCGCACAGGGUAUGCCUCAACCUGCGCCACGGCCUCGCGGGCCCAAGCUCAAGUUCACGCCCGAAGACGACCAGUUACUCGUGGAUCUGAAAGAGAAGAAGAACUUGACCUGGAAGCAAAUCGCCGACUUUUUCCCAGGUCGCAGCUCUGGCACUCUGCAAGUGCGAUAUUGCACAAAGCUUAAAGCCAAGACAACAGUCUGGACAGAUGAGAUGGUCGCAAAACUGCGCACUUCGAUGCAAGAGUACGAAAACGAUCGUUGGCGCAUCAUCUCGUCAAAAGUCGGUGCUGGCUUUUCGCCUGUUGCGUGCAGAGACAAGGCAGAGGAGUUGAAAGCAAUUGAAACGGAGCAGGAGGAGGAGCGAGAACACCAGCAGCAGAGCGCGUAUGCUCAGAGUGAGAUGCACGGAGACACUGGCGAUCCGAGCGCAAGCUACCAGUGA